AUGGCGAUCGCGACGCCGCCGCCGUCUUCGGAUGCGGUAGUGAUAUCAUCGCCAUCGGCACCUAUGAAGCACGGUGCAUACACGCGUCGUUCAGCGCUCGCAACUCCCCCGCCAUCCUCGCCAACACGCGACCAUCCGUUCGGGCUCUUUGUCGAGGCGCUUGAUUACGCCGCACAACGCAAAGGCACAUCGCCUAUCAAGCGCGCACAUCUUUUAAAAGCGCGCACAGCCGUUGUGAAAGCUCCCGCACUUGGAAUUCACCCCGCCGAGCCACUCGAUUUGCUUCGUGCUGAUCACUCGCAUACGCUUGCCAUUGGACGCGCCAAGGUCCUGGAUAGCGACACUGCAUGUACCAUGUGUCCGACGUUUAUUGGGACGCUUCCGCUAGUAAAUGUGUGCUUGCCGGGCGAUGCGCGCCAUGUAAGCAGGCUCCAUGCAUUCCUGCGGUGGGUGCCUUUUACGAGCGCCGACGCGCGCCCGGACGCGAUUCCGGGCACGUUUGUUUUGCGCAUUGUGGGGCAAAAUGGUCUGAUUGUCAAUGGAAAGCGGCUGCGUGUAGGGCAGGUUGUGCGCGUCGAGCCGGGCAAAACAGUGAUUGACUUUUUCGGGCACCCCAUGCAAUUCGUUGCUUCUGAGCCGGUCGUGCCGCCUGCAGCACCGCCGCAACAGAGGCGUUCUGACGGUUCGUCGCCCCAGAAGCGCGUCGUACACGAACGCGAUACCACGGACGCUGUUCCUCCUAGCUCUCCGGGUGUGUUUGCCCGCGAGCAUGUCCCUAGCUCGCCAAGCAGUGACAGUCAAUGCGAGAUGCCGUUUCUGCCUUCGAGCCCUUCGCACCGCGCAUCCACCCUACCUGCACGCUGCACACUAGCAGAAGAGAACAGCGAGGGCACCACGGCGCUGCAUGUAAUCGAUGAUGACCCAUUCUCCGCGCCCGAACCCAAAGCCAAGCUGAGCGAGUCACCUCUUGUACUUGCACGCGAUUUGGCUGCGCGUUUAGCGCAGACCUACGACGUUGCUGGCCUGCUUGCUGGCGCGAUUGUGUUUCACCGGACCGCAACCAUCUCUUCCAGCGAGGCGGUACGCUCCGUGCUCAGCACGAACCCCGGCAUGCUCCGCGGCGAGGCAGGCGCUCGCACGAUAGCCUAUUCCCCCUCCAAGUGCCGCCUGCAGUCUGAGAGCGAUGGCCGCGUUCCAGCGUACGGCCAAGCCAUUGCUGGAUGGCAAGAGGGGGCCGCGUGGCAGACGCAUGCUCGGCGUGCGUGGCACGAGCUGUUGGAGGCCGAGCUGCAGCGCGCGCCCAUGUUUGGCGCGAUUCAACGACCUGGCAAAGAUACGAGCGGCAACCCUCUUGAGUGUUGGUACUAUUACGACAAAGAAAAUGACCCUGACCUUGAGCGUGCUGUGAAUUUGGGUGCGUUUGUGAAGCCCAUGCGUAAUGCUGUGCGCAGCCAGAAGCCCAUCUUUUGGAAAAAGAGCGAGUAUAGUCGUGCAACGAGCUCUGCUGGCAAUGGACUCGAUCCGUACGAAGACGACAAGUUGCCAUACUCGCCGCGCAGUCAGUAUGGCGGGGAGAGCACUGGCGACGAGUCCGGCGAUGCUCGCCAAGCAAAGCGUGCGCGCAAACUCGACUCGGACGAAGCCAAGCUGCGACGGGGAAGCGGUAAAAAUAAGUUAGGCACUAUCUAG